CCAAGAUGACUUAAAUCGGCCCGGCCCAGUUUAGACCAAUCUGCCACUGUUUCCCGAAUCCCGAACCGCCGCAGUCAACAGUCAACGCGAUCUCACAUUCUCACCUACUUUUCCAACACAAAGUUGAUUCCCCGCUCCUCGUUCACGUCAAAACCACCACCGUCCGAAGCACCACAACGCAUCCAGCGAGCGGCGGAGAGAAAUGGCGUCGCUGGAAGAUGUCCCUAGUGAAACCAUCAUGUCGGAGCUCCUCCGCCGUCUCAGGUGUUCCACCAAGCCCGACAAGCGCCUCAUUCUCAUCGGCCCACCUGGAUCUGGAAAAGGUACACAGUCACCCAUCAUUAAGGAUGAGUACUGUUUAUGCCAUUUGGCCACUGGUGACAUGCUUAGAGCUGCUGUUUCUUCCAAAACUCCUCUUGGAAUCAAGGCCAAGGAAGCUAUGGACCAGGGUGCCCUUGUUUCCGAUGACUUGGUUGUUGGGAUUAUUGAUGAAGCCAUGAAGAAACCCUCAUGCCAAAAGGGGUUCAUCCUUGAUGGGUUUCCGAGGACAGUGGCUCAAGCAGAAAAGCUAGAUGAAAUGCUUAAGAAGCAGGGUGUGAAGGUGGAUAAAGUGUUGAAUUUUGCAAUUGAUGAUGCUAUUUUGGAAGAGCGAAUUACUGGUCGAUGGAUCCACCCUUCAAGUGGAAGAACGUACCACACAAAGUUUGCACCCCCUAAAGUUCCUGGAGUUGAUGAUGUUACUGGAGAACCUCUAAUUCAACGUAAAGACGAUACUGCUGCUGUUCUUAAGUCAAGGCUUCAGGCUUUUCACAGCCAAACAGAACCGGUAAUAAAUUACUAUUCAAAGAAGGGCAUUGUUGCUAGCUUACAUGCCGAGAAACAACCAAAGGACGUUACGGAAGAAGUCCAGAAAGUAUUGUCCUCCUAGGGAAAAACCAGAGCUGGAGUUGUGGAUUUCCAAUCGUACCCUUUGCCUUGCUGAUUAUCCCUGACACAUUAUUAUUAUUGGAAGGACAAUGUCCAUCCUUUUUCAUAGCUCUUUUUCGUUGUUAUCCUCCCAGGCUAUUUUUUGAACUUCUUAGAAGCUAAACACAAGUGCAGCAAGGGUAGGAUUUCUUUUUUUUCUUUCUUUCAUGCUAAUAAAUUUAUGAGCAGCUCUGACUAUAUCCCCCUACAUGUUAUGCAUAACUUAUUUGAAAUCAGAGAUGAAAUCUGAAGGACCUGCCAACAUUUGUGUGCU